GACCAGUAUAAAUACCUACAUGUUCCUCCUAUGUAAACACAACAACACCAAAACCUCAACUUCCAUCUCAGCAAUGGAUCUCAGCCCUACAAAAUCUCAGGUUAUGGGCUUAUUAUCACUACUAGUUCUUAUGGUUGCUUCACCAAGUCUUACUGUGGUGGAUAGCCGUAGAGCUCGGGAACUGCAAUAUUUCCAGUACCGUGCCAUGAGCUGCAGAGCUUACAGUGCGUCCCUGACUGAAUUUGGAGGAGUGGGCGAUGGAACCACUUUGAACACUAAAGCGUUUCAAGCAGCCAUAAAUCAUCUGAGCCAGUAUGUAUCAGCUGGUGGGUCUCAACUUUUUGUUCCUCCCGGAAGAUGGUUGACUGGGAGUUUCAAUCUCACUAGCCACUUCACUUUAUUCCUUCACAAGGAUGCUGUACUUCUUGCCUCCCAGGAUGAAAAUGACUGGCCGGUGAUUGAUCCCUUGCCAUCUUAUGGUCGAGGGAGGGACGCCCAAGGAGGAAGGUUUAGCAGUCUAAUAUUUGGAACCAACCUCACGGAUGUGAUCAUAGCUGGGGACAAUGGUACAAUUGACGGGCAGGGUGACCUAUGGUGGCAAAAAUUCCACAAGAAACAACUCCAAUAUACCAGGCCCUACUUGAUUGAGAUCAUGCAUUCAAGUAACAUUCAGAUAUCCAAUCUCACUCUGGUUAAUUCUCCAUCAUGGAAUGUCCAUCCUGUGUACAGCAGCAAUGUUGUCGUCCAAGGCAUCACUAUUCUUGCACCGGUGACAUCUCCAAAUACUGAUGGAAUCAACCCUGAUUCGUGCACAAACACACGAAUAGAGGACUGUUACAUAGUGUCUGGGGAUGAUUGUGUGGCUGUGAAGAGUGGUUGGGAUGAAUACGGUAUUGCUUUUGGAAUGCCAACGAGGCAGGUAGUCAUCAGACGACUCACUUGUAUUUCACCAACCAGUGCUGUGAUUGCAUUAGGGAGCGAGAUGUCAGGUGGGAUUAAAGAUGUGAGGGCAGAGGACAUAGUAGCCAUUAACUCAGAAUCAGGUGUGAGGAUCAAAACUGCUGUAGGAAGAGGUGGGUAUGUGAAGGACAUAUAUGUGAGAAGGAUGAUCAUGAACACCAUGAAAUGGGCAUUCUGGAUGACUGGAAAUUAUGGCUCUCAUGCUGAUGAUAAGUUUGAUCCUAAUGCACUGCCUGUGAUUCAGAAUAUUCACUAUCGUGAUAUGAUAGCCCACAAUGUAACUAUGGCUGCAAGAUUGGAGGGAAUAUCUGGAGACCCUUUUACUGGAAUCUGCAUGUCUAAUGUAACAAUUGAACUGGCAAAGAAGGCUAAAAAAGUUCCAUGGACAUGCACUGAUGUUUCUGGCAUUUCAAGUGAUGUGACUCCUGUGCCAUGUAAUCUGUUACAAGACCAGGGACCGGACAACGUUGGGGCAUGUACCUUCCCGGAAGACCGCUUGCCCAUCGAUAAUUUCCAGGUUCAAACAUGUACUUAUGGAAGAAGGUAUUUGUGAAUUGUGACAGUGCCACAGGAGUGGUUCAAUUCAGGUCGGGGGUGUAACGUGAUUGGUGCUACCGGAGCGAAAAUUCUGGAUGAGUGCAAAUUAAGACAACGAAAAAAAAGUCAAAGUCAAUGAUAAAUAGGCAUUUACAUUUCAUUUAACCACCUUCGUGGAAAUUUUUCUUUUAAAUUUUGCAAGUGUAGAAUAAAAACAAAUGUAUAAUAAGCAGACAAUCUUUUUCAUCA